AUGAAGGUUGUAAAUGCCGUCAGCCAGACGAAGCCGCCUCUCAUUCGCCAGGUCUACGACGCCGGCCACCGCGCUUUUGGUGAGAAUUACGUUCAAGAACUCGUCGAGAAGGCUCCUCAGCUUCCUGCAGAUAUUGAUUGGCAUUUCAUUGGCCACCUGCAAAGCAAUAAAGUCAAAUCCCUUCUUGCUAGUGUCCCAGAUCUUUACAUGGUCGAGACUGUAGAUGAUGAGAAGAUUGCUAAUCAUCUGGAUCGGGCAGUGGCUAACUUGGGAAGGAAACCUCUAAAGGUCUUGGUGCAAGUAAAUACCAGUGGGGAAGAGUCAAAAUAUGGUAUUGAACCUUCAGGUUGUGUAGAACUGGCUAAACAUGUCAAGCUGUCUUGCCCAAAUCUUAUUUUCUCGGGUUUAAUGACAAUAGGAAUGCUAGAUUACUCCUCAACUCCAGAAAAUUUCAAGACAUUAUCAAAUUGUAGAACUGAGGUUUGUGAGGCACUGGGGAUACCUCAGGAUCAGUGUGGGUUGUCAAUGGGCAUGUCUGGUGACUUUGAGCUAGCGAUUGAAAUGGGCAGUACAAAUGUGAGAAUUGGUUCGACAAUAUUCGGUGCCAGGGAAUAUCCGAAGAAGGAUAAAAGCCAGUGAACUUCAUCUCUCUGGGGUUUAUAUUCUUUCAUGGCAUGAGGUCAUACAUAAUAAUUAUCAGGAGGUUCUGUACCUGCAAUGUCUGUACCAGGUGUUGUUAUAAGUGUACCUCUCGUACUAUAUGGUUCUACACUAUUUAGUCGUAUGUCGGAAAGCUUUUUAAACCUUGGAAAUUAUUGUCCCCUUGUUUCACAUUGGUUUUUUAUCAUAUUAAUGUAUUGAAAACAAACUAAUAUGAUAUAGCGAAGGUGAUUGGAAACUAUUCUUCAAGACAUGAUUUAUUGUAAAUUGAGCAUUACCUAAAUCAUAUGUGGAACUGUAUGUUAAA